UGGGGCUGGCGCAGCUGUCAGUCCGCACUGCGGAGCCCGGUGCCAGCAUGGACGGGGUGGACGUGUGGGCCAGCACCCUGGCCCAGCUGAUGGCCAAGAGGAAACCCCAGGACACCUGGGAGCUGGUUCCUGAGGAGAACCUGGCAUCCGGGCACGUGGAGGGCGGUGGUUUCCAGUACCGGCUGAGGGGGCUUUCCAGGCUCCAGUGUGGCCGCUGCCAGUGGGGCUGGUCCUCAGCCCACGUGCACAUCCUCUUCCAGGCGUGCUUGGACGAGGACAGCCGCCUGGGGCUGGUGAAGAUGCGCAUCUGGGGCCAGCAGUGCCGGCUCUGCCCACCGGGCACUGGGGGUGAUUGCCAGGUGAGCCUUCUGAACGUGCGGCUCUUUCUCAACAAGCUGGUCCCGGUCAUCCUGCAGAAGUGCUAUGGGGAGAGCCUCAGCUCCGACCAGUGCCCCGAGAUCUGCUUUGGGGAGCGCUGCGAGGCCUGCGAUCUGGGCGUCUGCUUCUUCCAGAAGCCUCCAGAUCCAGCCUGGGGGCCUGAGGUCGGGAGCACCCCCACCAUCAAGGGCAGGUACACCUUGUACGGAGAGGAUGAUGUGGCCACCCCUGCUGCCGGCAAGCAGCUGCUCACCCUUGGCAGCGGGCCCGUGGUCGACCGUGCCAGGGGCUACACCCCCAACUCCAUCACCAUCCCGCUGUCGGUGUCCGACUUCAUCAGGAACCCGAUUUCUGAGAGCAGCAACUUCUUCAGCCAAGAUGAUGACAUCGUCACCGUCCCCUUCUCCCUUGUGCAUGUGCAUAGGGACCAGGGGAAUGUCGGCCCCAGCUCGGGCUACCCCCCAGCGGCCGACCCCCACGCACCACUUAUCAUCGCCAAGGGCUCCAUCUACUUGCCCACCAGGUCCAUGGCCAUGCCCAAGCGCAGAGGCCUCCUGGUGAAUAUCAAAUGCCCCAUCUUCCAUGGCAGAGGCCUCCUUAUCAGCAGCAUCAAGCCUUUCCAGCUGAAAGGCUUCAUCUUCAAAGGCCAGGGCUCCAUCUCCAGCCCCAUCGACCCUGAGAAGGGCCUGGGCUCCGUCCCCAGUGCUGCUGGAAAUGACCCCCCACCGGUGUCCUAUAUCAUUGGCCUCACGGAUGAUGGAGAGGGCUCUGUCACCUUCCCCUCGUCUCUGGCAGACCUCAUCAGAGACAACUCCAUCCCUGGCAUUGACGGCUGCGUCACCUUCCCCUUCAUCUUUACGGAUGAAGACAAAGGCAAGAAUGCUCCUGCCAAUACUCCCCAAGGCAAGGAGGAGGGCGGUGGUGACGGCCCUGUCCCUGCGGGCCAGGAUCCUCUCCCAGGCACCCAUGCCCGUAGACCUGUCACCAUCAGCGAGGGCUCCAUCAGCAUCCCCUUCUCCGUCUUCAACCUCAUAAGACACAAGGGCCCUGGCUCCAUCGCCAGUGGCCGCCGGAGCAGUGGCCUGGCCAUGCAUGGCUAUGACAGGAAGAUGAUGCAGCCGAGGGCCAGGCUCAGCGGGUCCGGCUCCGAUCCCGGCUGGGAAGAGGACUUCUGCUGGGAUGACGAGUGCUGCGCGCCACGUUUCGACCCCUAUGAAGAAGUGUGGAUCUGGGUGUCCAUGACUGUCUGUGUCCUCUGGAUCAUGUACCUGUACAAGUUCAGCCCCUGAUGGCCACCGCAAACCUGAUGCUGCCUGCCGGGGUCUCCCCUUCCCCCUCAGCCGCAGAGCAGCGGGAUCCUCUGCCCCUGCCCGCAACCCCAGGGCCCCCAACC